AGUGGUCCUAAAGUAAAUCUGUGCUCGCCCGCCUGGCCACACUAGACAUUUUCAGAAAGUUUACAUGACUGACCGCUUCUCACGCGCUCGUGGAUUAGCCUACACCCGGCCAUUCUCCAUUCAUAUACUGGGCCAGCAGUUACUGACAACUGGAUUACCCAUAGAGCUCUGCGCCUUAAUGUGAAUAAAACUGGGCUGUGCAAGAACAGAUAGUCAGUCCCAUUCUAACCUUUGACCUAUCAAGGCUGGAUUUGUGUAGUCACCCUUCUGGAGCAGAACCACUGUCACCACAGUCACAGCCGUGCUGCCAUUGGACACUGCUUUCACUGCCCAAGCACCUAGACACCGGCCAGUGCUUCUUUGAGACUCCCGCAGAUAGCUGACUUUGAGAUGGAGAGCAGCAACAUGUCGCGUUUACCUCUACUUCUACUCUGCCUUGCCAUCGCCACUUCAGCAUCCCAGCAGACCUGUGAGCCAGUGGCGGUCCCUGAAAACCAGAAUGCCUGGAUCAGGUUGAGAGAGAUGCGUCCAGGCUGCUGGACCAACUACACCACUCAGGACGGCAAAGAAGUUCACAUCCUCAGCCUGCACUACACUAUUGAGGCUCCCAACAUGUUUACACUGAAUAUGACCGCUGCCCAGCCAAUGCACCUCAUAAUCACCACAGACUCAAAGCAGAUCAUAUACACUGAGGCCCAUGCUAACACGGAUGUCAGCAUUUACGUGGCAAAUGAUUCCAAUAUGCAAAUCAUGGGGACAAUUGUGAACGUCCAGAAAAAAGCCUUUCCCACAGACAAUAAAGAUAUAGUGAGGUGGGCCGCCGAGAAGUUUGGUGGGGUGACGUCCUUCACCACCAUCCAGAACCCAAUGAGCAUCGCUUCCACAGGGAGAGAGGGAACAAGACUUCCAACUGGCUCCAACAACUGUACUCUUGAAAAUGAAUGGCAUGCGCUCAAGCACUAUCUGAAGUUAGAAUCAAACAUGCGUUUGCUCAAAUCCUGCUCGAACCAGCCUCCCCACAGCCACACUGAGAAAGAACUGUACAUCGUCAACAUCCCGGAGGAUGUCAGCAUUCGCCUUGUCUCUGUGCACGUCAUCAGUGAGAGGCAGAUCAGUCUGUUCCUAAGAGGACCUCAGGGUACCGUGUGGAGCAUCCAUGACCCAAAGCACACCAGCUUCAGUUCCAACAACGUGAUCCUGCUUGCUGCCACCAGCAUGAUGCAUAAGAUCCCUCCCACUAUCACCAUCUCCACAGACAGUGCUGAUGCUGUACAGAAGACGGCCUUGGACCAUUUCAGAGCCAGUACCAUCACCAGCUACUCUGAGAUCCGAACCGAGGGCACCAUGGUCACACUGGUCCUAGGGAAUAAGGAACACAUUUCAGUCACAGAGGCUGUACCAACCGAGACAACCCCAUCGCCCCCCAGCCCCCCUCAGAUGCCUCUACUCAUGCAACUGUACACCUCUCCAGACUACCGCUCCCCUCUGGACCCCAACACCAAGGUGCAAAGCGACAAGAGGAUCUACGCAGAGAUCUCAGGGCGGACACUGGGGGAGAUUGUCCUGACCAUCAAGGUGAUCAACUGCUCGGUGCGCUCCAAGGGUUCUUGCCCGGUGGUGAGGGACAUGCCCUUCAGGCCAGAGGUAUGCUCCUCCACCGUGUGCCCCAACAGUACCAGGGUUAGCUUCUCCUUAGAGCUGCUCCAAGACCUGGCCUCCACUAGCUGGGACCUGGAGUGCUCCGUCAAACUCUGCUUCAGCGAGAAAUGUGGAGAUGGAGGAAGAGUGAAGAGGAACUUGGAGGUCACCCAGACAUACAUCCCGCCACCAAUGGCGUGUAUUGACUUUGGUCUGUCAGCCGUGCUGGGCAUUGCCUUUGGAGGUUUCCUAAUCGGAGUUCUGCUCAUUGGAGCUCUGUGGGUCAUCAAGAUCCGCACAGGAUACCCCACCGGACUGGAUGUAGGAUCGACUACUGCAAACCUCUCGAAAUGUCCUUGCUCUCUGACCAGCAAACGGCAACCUGUCUCCAACAACCCCUCCCCCUCUGAGAACAGUAGUGCCAACGCCAGCAUUGGCAGCACUCAGAGCACGCCAACAAGCAGCAUGGCAUGACACCAUCACCACCACCGUCUCCCCUCUCCGUCACACUGAGGGGGCUCCAUGCUAUUUGGUCGGUCUUUCACAAUGCUUAAGAAAGCAUUACCCCCUCUCUUUAGUCACACCACAUCACACAUCCUUUCUCACCAACCUGAGGGGGGUUAGGUUGGGGGGGGGGGGGCAGCUGUAGUCUAGUCUAGGCUCCUAACACCCUCCUCUCCGGCCUCCCAGCAAACGUUCCAGACUGGAAGUCAGAGAGGAUGGAAAAAAAGGCCCUGGCUCCCAGCAACAGGAAAAACAAAGCAUAUCCCCAAGAACUAACAGGAAAUUCACUGCAUUCUUUUCAAUGAAUUGUGCCUCUCUGAUGGCGGCACAAUAAGAAUCAGUCAGGGGGGCAAAAAAGACAAAAGAUUGACUUUAAAAACAUUAUUAGAUAAACUGUUUUGGCUCUCAACAUCCACAAUUGUUGUGAUAGGAAAUGUCAAGGCCCCUUUUUCCAGGCAAUUUAGAGAUAGAUUCUGGACUGACAUCCGUUCUUUGACGUUGACUGUAGUUUGAAUUAAAAUUUGUAUUACUGUAUAUGGGUGGCUGGAAGACACCAUAUCAGAUUUAAAGAUUUCAGACAGUAAAAAGCUAGAAUAUCCCAUGUUCUCUUCCAACAACAAGGGGAAUCUGUCUUCAUGGGAUUUAGGAAAGAUUGGGAAAAGGCUACCUCUUAAUUUAUGUAGAUAUCGGAUUGUUAAGCAUAAGCUUGACAAUGGCUUCUUCUGGUGAGCUAGUGAGAUAAAUAAAAACUAUUUUCUCUUUCAUUCCAUUUCACUUGAGUUACAUCAUAUUGUUUUGCUCAGAGCCAUCUCUUACAUACAAGCAGAAUUUAUAGCAAAACAUUUCUUGCAAGUCAAAUGUUGCACGAUGUAUACAAAAGUAUGUGGACACCUUUUCAAAUUAGUGGAUUCAGCCAUUUCUGGUGUAUAAAAUUGAGCACACAGCCAUGCAAUCUCCAUAGACAAACAUUGGCAGUAGAAUAGCCUUACUGAAGAGCUCAGUGACUUUCAACAUGGUACCGUCAUAGGAUGCCACCUUUCCAACAAGUCAGCUUGUCAAAUUUCUGCCCUGGUCAACUAAGUGCUGUUAUUGUGAAGUGAAAACGUCAAGGACCAACAACUGCUCAGCCGCAAAGUAGUACACCACACAAGCUCACAGAACCGGAUGUCUGUCCUCGGUUGCAACACUCACUACAGAGUUCCAAACUGCCUCUGGAAGUAACGUCAGCACAAUAACUGUUUGUCUGGAGCUUCAUGAAUUGUUUGUUGGGAGCUUCAUGAAAUGUCCGAGCAACCGCACACAAGCCUAAACUCACCAUGCGCCAUGUCAAGCGUCGGAUUGAGUGGUGUACAGCUCGCCUCCAUAGGACUCUGGAGCAGUGGAAAUGCUCAGUGGAAACGAUCAAUUGGAACACCGACUGCGAGCCAGGCCUAAAUCGCCCAACAUCAAUGUCCGACCUCACGAAUGCUUUUGUGGCUGAAUGUUCCUACAUCUAGUGAAAAGGCUUCCCAGAAGAGUGGAUUAUGUUAUAGCAGCAAAGGGGGGACCAACUCCAUGUUAAUGCCCAUAAAUUUGGAAUGAGAUGUUAAACGAGCAGUUGUCCACAUACUUUUGGUCAUGUAGUGUGCAUGAGCCUUAGCAAAUGAGUUGGUUUUAUAGUAAUUGUUAAAAAUAUAAUAUUUAUCUGAAAUUGUAUGUCUGAUUAACAUUUCACUUUCCUCAAUGCAAACCAAAGUCAUCACCAAAGCAAAAGUUGUUACCAAAUAAAUUGCGCUACAUUAUUAAAGAUGGAAAAAAAGAUUCAAAAUCAAAAUGAUUGAACUCAGGAAAAACUGUGGCAUUAUUGUAAUUUAGCGUGAAAUUAUUUAUGUCAAGUGCCAAGGAAAAUGGAAAUCAGAUUGAAUUGUAAGUGCAAACCCGUUCUAUGUGUAAGUGUACAAAUGUAAAUGUAUUUUGAUUGUAUUGCCUUUUUUUUAACCUAUUUUAAAUUGCUCUCACAAUACAAAGUAAAGCCUUGUGGUUAUGACCUGCUGGGUAUAAAGACAUUCCUUUCAAACAUUCCAUUCAGCCGUAUCUCCUAAAGAAACAGCAAUACUGUACCAUAAGUAUACAGUAUAUCAUUUAAAAUGUUAUUGUAAUGAUUGUACUAGUUAUUUUAUAGUUCAGUAUGCCAAUCUACAGGGACACAGAUUCUAAUCUAUAUUUGUUAAGCAGUUAAUAAUUCAUUCGUAAUUAAUUUGUUUUGAUACCAUCACCAAAAGCAGCGAUCUUAAAACCAAGUGAGCUUCCUCAACCCAGCACUGUGUUUUUAAUGCCCCAACGUGUUUUUUACAUUUUAUUUUUAAAAUGAUGUAGCUAAUAAUGCGUUGUGUGUGUGUUUCUGUGAGUGAGUGCAUGCAUGCAAGGGUGUGUGUGUGUUAGUGCAUACAGGUGUGUGUGUGUGUGUGUGUGUGUGUGUGUGUGUGUGUGUGUGUGUGUGUGUGUGUGUGUGUGUGUGUGUGUGUGUGUGUGUGUGUGUGUGUGUGUGUGUGUGUGUGAAUGUACUCUAAGAUGUGUACACUCAGAGGCAAACAUUAUAAAUUGCCACUUGAGUAUUUACGUAAUAUGAGGAGUUAAUUCUAUAUGUAAUGUCCAUGCAGUUUAUUUUGUAGGAGUGUUGUUUCUUAUAUUCUUAUUUGAUAAAUUCCAUAGCUUCUGUGUUAUUCUCCAUAUGUUCCAAAGAACUUGGACUAUUCCCUAUUACAAAAUGCAGUUUUUUUUUUUACUUGUAGUCAUUUGUAACCAGAUGGCCGUAGAUUUAUACUUUCUAUAUUCCAGUUUAAAUCGUAUGAUUUGUUUUGUUAUUCAUUUCUAUAAACAUCAUUAAAACAACCAUCAAGUCGCUAAAGCCAAACUCCAGAGCCCACAUUACUGGUGUUAUGUAAACAGUUAUUGUUGCUCUAACUUACUCCAUUCAACUUUAAUCUCACCCUAAACCCCCUGCCAUACAAUAACAAAAGCUAAUCUUCUCUGAUUCAAGAUACUCUGUACUGGUGUGAUAGGCUGAUGCAUUCCAUUUGUAAUACUGUGGACCAGCAGCACUUAAUUUUUUUUGUUUGGGGGUACGGAAACGAACCUCAUCCACCACCGAAAUGCAGCACCCACCUGAUGCACAGCAGCCAUUGUGUGCCAAAGACUUUAACACAUGACAGUCAGUGUAUGAGUGGCAUCCCCUUGAGCUGAACCUCCAAACAGGCAAGCAACAGUGGAUUGAGGGAGAGUUGUAGUAUCAGACAGUCAGUGACAGCUAGGCUCUUUGUGAAUACUGACAGAACACAGGGUAAAUCAGAUGAGCCGUCAGUUAAUCCAGUCGUUAACCCAGCAGAUUCCUGCACGACCUCUGGCUCUGACUACUUCUGCUCAGAGAUGCACACGCACCAAGCAAUCUUCCACACUCUGCACGUUUCCCUGUACUCACAAUGAUAGACAGAUGGUGUAUGUGUGUUUAAGACCGUGUACGUGCAUUUGAGAGUGUGUGUCUAUUGGGAAGGUGUCUUUAUUUCAAUCCAGAAAGGAGAGGGAAUCUUUGUUAUUGAGUGAUCAACUCAACGCAGCUCUCAAGAUGGGACGCUCCCAAAUAAGCAAGGUCUACGUGGUGGAGCAAAAUGUCAUCCAGUAUUUCUGUGAUCACAUGCAAUGGUAGUCACUCAAACAAGCUGAUUAUUUUUGUAGUUUUAUGACAUAAUAUGCUACUGCUCUCCACAGCAUUUCUGCCCUGAAUUUAGCAAGCACUAUCGACAAAGAUCCGUGGAAAAAAGUUGUGAUACACUACUUUCUGCAAAUGGUCAGUGUGAGCCGGAGUGACUUGACACAACGCAAGCCAAACAAGCUGUACAAACAAAACGUAAAUAAAGGGGUUUUAGUCUGCCAUGAAGCGUUCAUCCAUGUGUACGGUUAAGAGUCUAGCUACAUUUUCAGCUAUUAUACAUUUCAAAUUUAGUCCGAAAUUUGUUUUCAUUGCAAGUUAAAGCGUACUGUUAGCUAGCUAGUGAACGUUAGCUUGCUGGCAAACGUUGCAUGUGUGAACUGUGAAGUAAUAUUAUUCCUAUCUCAGAAACCAUUUGCAUUGCUAGUUAUAGUCUAAAGUUAGCUAGCUAGCUAACAUUGAACCUAGUUGGUUAGCUUUAGCUACCUGCAGAUUCAGACUACAGCAUUUCAUGCAUGGUUGCUGGCUAUGACAAUCAGUUUGUAUUGCUAGUAGAUAAAGUUUAUUUUUACCUGGAGUGUUUUAGUUUAGGCUACUACCUUACUCACUCUGUUUAGCACAUGGCCUUACAUGUGAAUCCUUAAAUAAUGGCUGGGUCUAAGGCUUAAGAGGGUGUGAAUGAUGCUAAAUAUAGGGGUAAUCAAAGAAGAGCUCUCCUGUAGGGUUAUCAAAACAUUCAAGAGCCAUUUUAUCAAAAGUGUGGUUACUAGUUUAUCAACUUGCAAAUAAUUACUUUCCCAUUGUUCCUCAAAAAUUGAUUUUCAAUUUUGUACAUCUGAGUCUCUGCUUUUAUCCAAUGUAAAAAACACAAUUUCAAAUGUUGCUACAAAAGAUUGAAUCGAUUGGUCACAUAUUUUGUAACUAAAAGAAUACAUACAACCUGAAUACAUUAAAACUCCCCUGGAGAGAGAGGAAGAAUAAAGUGGUCAAGUACUAUAUCUAAACCCUAGUUAACCAUUAAGUCACCCCACACACAACACAGCUCCCGCCACAGGAAUUUUAUUCACAGGAAUACCUUUUUAUGUUGUCUAUUUUUUUCUGAAAUGAAAGCAACAACAUAAAAUCCUUUUCCUCAUAGUGAUCUGUACUGGGCUGCUGUGUUAGAAAUUAGGCCUUAGAUAACGAAGCUUGGAUGCACCUGUGUUUAAUGUGUCUCUCUACACAGAAUGUCUUUGUUAGAGUCUGUCAUCUUAACAAAAUGGCUGCUCCAAUUUUUUUUUUUUUUUUAUGCGUUGUUCUCAUGACACAGGGAAUUCCAUCUUUCCUUUCAUGGCACAUUGACCAAACUAAAAUUAUACCAUAUGUAUUUGUAUGUUGUCUUUUGAAAAAUGUAUAUUUUAUUUGUGUAUCAAACGUCUUAAUAAAAUGAAUAAACCAAA